AUGCACAUCAAAGAAGAAUUUAUUUCCGCAAGUGUAAAUCCAAGAUCUCACUGUUUAACAGCUUGCCGAUCGCGGAAUCUCGUAGUUUAUGCAUCCGAAUUGCAAUUAGCUGUGCAGACCAUACCAAAUGGGGUCGACGAGUGUGGAGUUAUUCAAUCUUUGUCGGAGCGAAGGCAUAUAAAACCAAUAACUACAGUAAAACGCAUAAAAUCGGAAGAUUCUGAAGAUUUCUUUGUAACUGGCGGAGUAGAUUCGCGGAUAGUUUUGUGGAAAUUCAAUCCUGCAAAUGAGAAAAUCGAAUUUCUGAAUUCCUUAGAAGGUUGCUCGGGAAGUAUUGGAGCCGUUUGCGGAGCUCAUUUAAAUGGGAAAUUUGUGGUUUUUGCUGCUUGGGUGUCCGAAACUUCUUCAGGAUUGGAAGUUUGGCAUGUUGAUAACGAAAAUAUUUCGAAAUCGUCAAUUUUUCUCGAUCAAAAAGCUUUUGCAUUAUGUCUGGACUCCACAAUUUACAAUGAUUCUAUUUUGCUCGCCAUUGGAACAUCCAAGAGAUUCGUCGAAAUCUUUGGAGAGUCCUCGGAUCAAACUUUUACUCGACUUACUUCAUUUGCUGGUCACACUGAUUGGAUUCACUCGAUCACAUUCAAUGACAAUUCAUCGAAACUUCUCCUCGCUUCUGCUGGUCAGGAUACUUAUGUCCGUUUAUGGUUAAUUGAAGAAGAUGGUGGGAGAAAUGAGGAAGCCGAAGAUGAACUGACUUCAGCCAAAAGCAAAUUCGAAAUGACGUUGAAUGCGAAAAUUUGUAUGAAAAUGUCUUCGUAUGCAGUCAUGCAAGGCCACGAUGACUGGGUUCAUUCGACGAGUUGGAACAAGGAUGGAAAUGUCCUUCUAACGGCAAGCAGUGAUAAAACUUGCAUUAUCUGGCGAGAGAUUGACGAUUUAUGGAGGGACGACGUUCGUCUCGGUAUCAUCGGUGGUCAAGCAGCGGGCUUUUUCGCCGGUGUUUUCUCACAAAACGAGAAAUUCGUUGUGAGCAGCUCGUAUUUUGGCGGAAUCCAUGCCUGGUGCUCCGAAAAUGACGAGGCAACGUAUUGGGCGGCUGUUCCGAUGAGUGGCGGUCACGUUGGCGAAGUGCGCGAUGUUUCAUGGCAACGAGGCGCCAAUGGAAUGCCGAAUUUUUUAGUCUCCGUGGGAAAAGAUCAAACAACCCGAGUGUUUGCCAAUUAUGAAAAACAGGGAGUGAUGGUCGAAAUUGCUCGUCCUCAAGUCCAUGGGCAUGAUAUGCAAUGCUUAACCAUGGUCAAUCCAUCCGUCUUCGUUUCCGGAGCUGAAGAGAAAAUCUUUCGCGCAUUCCGCGCCCCAAAAUCGUUUGUCUGUAGUUUGGAAUCAAUUAGUCGAAUUAAUGCUCAAAAUAUUUUCGGCGAUGCAAAAAUUGCCGAGUUUGGCGCUUGUGUUCCCGCUCUCGGUUUGUCAAAUAAGGCAAUGGCUGAAGGAGAAACGGUUGACGGCGAGCAUUGGGAAGAAGACGCGUUUCGCGCGAAACCUAAUAUUUUAACAGUUCCGCCAACUGAGGACGCCCUUCAACAGAACACGUUAUGGCCAGAAGAGCAUAAAUUAUAUGGGCAUGGUUACGAAGUAUACGCAGUCACCGUUAAUCCAACCGGAAAUGUGCUGGCGACAGCAUGUAAGUCGAGUCACGCGGAGCAUUCGGUCGUGAUUUUAUGGAGCACAUCGGAUUGGUCGAAGAAAGCGGAGAUUCCGGGACACCAGUUGACGGUGACACAGAUAGCCUGGAAUCAAUCUGGAACUGUUCUGCUUUCAGUGAGCCGUGACAGAACGGCCAAGUUAUAUAGAGAAGCUUCGGGGAAUGUUGAUGGAUAUGAAUAUUCUUGCUUCUGGACUUCUCAAAAACAGCAUACCAGGAUCAUCUGGGCUUGUGAUUGGUUUGAUGACGAUAACGUCUUCGCUACAGCUUCAAGAGAUCAAAAAGUGAUUGUUUGGAAAAUUAAUCAAAAUGAAUGUUCGCCGUUGGCCCAAUUAAAGCUUGCCGAGCCAGUGACAGCAAUUGCGGUAUCUCCAGGAAGCCUCGAAAAAGCUGUCGUAGCGGUUGGCUUACAAAGCGGUGAAGUCGUAUUCUUGAAAUUGAACGGAGAGGAGUUAACAAUUACUGCAUCAUUGUUCGAAAACCAGAUACCACAAAUCGAUGCCUCAAUCCUCCGACUACGAUUCGCUUCAUCAGUUUCGGAGCAUCGUUUAGCCAUUGCAACAUCCGAUUCGAAAUUACGAAUUCUCAGUGUUACCGAUUGA